AUGGCUUUGCAUCGUAACAGUGCGCUCGCCACUCUUAGCGCUGACGAGAGAACCAUUGUGCAACGCAAAAUGGCCAUAGCCAUGUACGGAUAUAGCUGGCUGAAGCCGGCAGGGUGUGCCAAAACGAUGCUGGGUAGGCGCGAGGAGGAACUCGAGAGAGAGGAAGUUGAGAGGCAGCUGAGGGAAGUCGAAAUGCAGGAGAGAAUCCAGCAGGAAGCCGACGAGCAGGAACGACUGGCUAGACUUGGGGAGAUGGGAGAGCCGGAAGGAGAGCGAGAUCUGGAUGAAGACAUCCCUGACGCCGACCCAGAUGAGGAGGGGGACGAAGAUGAGGAUGAUCCAUACGACGACUUUGAAGAGGAAGCCGAGGAAGACGGCAUGGAGGGAGAUCUGGACGACGAGAUCCCAGAUGCCGACGAGGAUGACGAGAAUGACGAUGAGAUCAUGUCUCCUGACCCCGAAACCGCCAACGCGGACUGGAUCUAUGACACACGUCGAGAGCCAGACACGGACGAGGAAGAGGGUGCUUUGUCCCCGGCCCACCCCGGUCGAGCCAGGGUGCACGCAAAUAUUAGCGUCGCUGGUGUCUACAUCACUGACCCUGGAAGUGGCUAUGACUACGACGAGCGAGAUGCAGAGGACUUGGCGGACGCAAUGCUUGACGAGGAUGAGAUAUUCGAUCACCAGAACGCCGAUCCAGGCGAGCGGGAUCUAGAUGAGGAAAUUCCCGAAGCCGAGUCGGAACAGGGGUGGGAGCAUACCGACACAGAACUUGAGGCAAGCGAAAUGGACAUUUCCAUGCUUGCCAGUGGUCAGAUCCAUCCGGCGGAGCCCGCGAGCCGAGACUCCUCGCGGCGUAUUUCUGGCAGACACGUCGCAGAUGGCUCAAGAAGGGCUUCAGGACGCAGAAGUUCAGGGCCAUGGAUCACGGGUCUUUCUAGAGCUCAAAGUCCAGGCCAGCCAGGGCUCGACUCGGCGCGUUACAGCCGGCCCACGCCCGCCUCUGUGCACGUGGAGCCGCGGGCGAGGGUCAUCUCUGGGAACCGCGCUCACGCUCACGCUCACGCUCACCAGCAGCAUCAAUACAUUCAGACGCCGGUAAUGCUGGAUAGCCCGCUCGAAGUUGACUUGGAACUUGACGGUGAGCUGGAUCCCUUUGUGUCUAGUAGGAGAGCCACCACGACGAGAAAUAUGCGCCGCGGCAUGCCUAGGAGCGUUACCGCCACAGCGGGACCAGAUUCAGCGGCAUCGAGUAGGACCGACACAGCAGGUCUGAAUGUGAAUGUGAAUGAAAACCCAUCGCGCACAACCGCGGCGCGGAACUGGCUCGACGGUGCCGCCGCCGCGGUGGGCGGCAGUGCAAGGCGGACGUUGUUUGGGCGAGCCGUGAGAAGGGCCAAUGCCGGCACGGUAAACACGGCUGCUACGGACACUACCGCGGCGUCGAGUGGUGGCCUAUUCACACCCUCGCCUGCCACAGAACAACCGGAAGGGACGGCGCAAGACUGGGAAACACCCGUCAGUGGCCAGGCAAGCCAGGAGUCGGGUCAAGGACGGGACCAGCGAGAGACACGCACCCGGAGUGGACGCUUUCUGAGCGGAAGGAGAAGAGAGCGGUAG